CGGGGAGGCCGGGCGAGGCCACGGCGGAGGCGGAGGCCCGGCUCCCUGGGCGGCGCGCGCCCCCCGCCCUGCCAUUCACAGGCGACGUUGGCCCGCGGCCCCCAAAGUCCGUCCUCCGGGUUAGGCGGCGAGCGGCGGAGGGGAGGGGACAGCCAGGAAGGAAGGAAGCUGCGGCUUAAAAGGGAAGACAGUGCCGGGUCCUUUCUCCCUCCGUCCGUCAGUCCCCGGGCCUGCGAGAGCUUCUCUCCUCCGCGGCCUCUGCCCCGCCGCCAUGUACCGCUGCCUAGGUGAAGCGCUGCUGCUGUCCCGCGCCGGGCCCGCUGCCCUGGGCUCGGCGGCGGCAGGCUCGGCGGCGGCAGACUCGGCCGCGCUGCUGGGCCGGACCCGCGGGCAGCCCGCCACCGCCCCGCAGCCGGGUCUCGCGCCGCCCGCUAGGCGACACUACAGCGAGGCGGCGGCCGACCGCGAGGACGACCCCAAUUUCUUCAAGAUGGUGGAGGGCUUCUUCGAUCGCGGCGCCAGCAUCGUGGAGGACAAGCUAGUGGAGGACCUCAAGACCCGGGAGAGCGAGGAGCAGAAGCGGAACAGGGUGCGUGGCAUCCUGCGGAUCAUCAAGCCCUGCAACCAUGUGCUGAGCCUGUCCUUCCCCAUCCGGCGCGACGACGGGUCCUGGGAGGUUAUCGAGGGCUACCGGGCCCAGCACAGCCAGCACCGUACGCCCUGCAAGGGAGGUAUCCGUUACAGCACUGAUGUGAGCGUAGAUGAAGUGAAAGCUCUGGCUUCUCUGAUGACAUAUAAGUGUGCAGUGGUUGAUGUGCCAUUUGGGGGUGCUAAAGCUGGUGUUAAGAUCAACCCCAAGAGCUAUACCGAUAAUGAAUUGGAAAAGAUCACAAGGAGGUUCACCAUGGAGCUGGCAAAGAAGGGCUUUAUUGGUCCUGGCAUUGAUGUGCCUGCCCCGGACAUGAGCACAGGCGAGCGGGAGAUGUCCUGGAUUGCUGACACCUAUGCCAGCACCAUAGGGCAUUAUGAUAUUAAUGCCCAUGCCUGUGUUACUGGUAAGCCCAUCAGUCAGGGUGGAAUCCACGGACGCAUCUCUGCUACUGGUCGUGGAGUUUUCCAUGGGAUUGAAAACUUCAUCAAUGAAGCUUCUUACAUGAGUAUUUUAGGGAUGACACCAGGGUUUGGAGAUAAAACAUUUGUUGUUCAGGGAUUUGGUAAUGUGGGACUGCACUCAAUGAGGUAUUUACAUCGUUUUGGUGCUAAAUGUGUUGGUGUUGGUGAAUCUGAUGGAAGCAUAUGGAAUCCAGAUGGUAUUGAUCCAAAGGAACUGGAAGACUUCAAAUUGCAACAUGGAACAAUCCUGGGCUUCCCCAAAGCAAAGAUCUAUGAAGGGAGCAUCUUGGAGGCUGACUGUGACAUACUGAUUCCUGCUGCCAGUGAGAAGCAGCUGACCAAGUCCAAUGCACCUAGAGUCAAAGCCAAGAUCAUUGCUGAAGGUGCCAAUGGACCAACAACUCCAGAAGCUGAUAAGAUUUUCCUGGAGAGGAACAUUAUGGUUAUUCCAGAUCUCUACUUGAAUGCUGGAGGAGUGACAGUAUCUUACUUUGAGUGGCUGAAGAAUCUAAAUCAUGUCAGCUACGGCCGUUUGACCUUCAAAUAUGAAAGGGAUUCCAACUACCACUUGCUCAUGUCUGUUCAGGAGAGUUUGGAAAGAAAAUUUGGAAAGCACGGUGGAACCAUUCCCAUUGUACCCACAGCAGAGUUCCAAGACAGGAUAUCGGGUGCCUCUGAAAAAGACAUCGUGCACUCUGGCUUAGCUUACACUAUGGAACGUUCUGCCAGGCAAAUCAUGCGCACAGCCAUGAAGUAUAACCUGGGACUGGACCUGAGAACAGCUGCCUAUGUUAAUGCCAUCGAGAAAGUCUUCAAGGUGUACAAUGAAGCUGGUGUGACCUUCACAUAAAUGUGCCGAGGCUGACUUCUUCACUACCCUCUUCACCUCUUCAUCUGCAGACCUAUCACAAGUUUACACAUAACCACAGAAAUCUCUUUCUCUCUCAUGACUUACUAGAUAAUGGAUACCAUUCUCAACAAGUCAGUCCAAAUUAGCCCCUUAAGAAGAAAAAAAAAUUAAGGUUAGGGGAUCAUUUAUAAGCUAAUAAAUGUGAUAGUAGAAAUAAGCCAUGUCAGAGAGCCAUUUGGGCACUUUGCCUUUAAUAAAAGUCUCUUCCAUCUGGCUUCGCUGCCUUGCUCCAUAGCUGCUUCCCAGCACAGUCAGCUGGGGCCCCAAGAGAGCACCUGUUGUCCAAUUGCUUGCCCCUUCAGCUCUGGACACGUCUCUAAAGUGCUUUGACACAUUGGUAUAUAUAUGGCAUUUUCAGAAGGUGACAUGGUCCUCGAGUUAUCGGUAUUUUACAUCAGCAGAAUAACUCAGUUUUACAGGUUGCAAACAAAAAUAAAAGCUGUCUUUCUGCAUUUUAUUCUUUUAGAAUAAAAUAAGUACAUGCUGCUGUAAUAAAAUUGCCUUUAAUCACUUAACAAGCCUAACCUUGAUUCAAGCAGUGAAUGCCUGUAAACAUGAAAAAAGUUAGUAUUUUUUUAACAUAAAAACGGUAUCAUUUAUAGCAUAUUGUCAUCCAGCAAAAAUAAAAAGCCCAGUGGAGAAUUAAGUUAUCUUCAUACCUGCAAAUGAUCGAGGCUAUUUUUAUUAAGACUGUCUUGGAAUUUACUAACUACAAUUAUGACAUAUAGUCCAAAGAAUGCAGUAACCUCCUUAUCAUGUUAAUUAAUUGUUCUUCUCUUCGAAGAUCUAUUAUGUUGACUAAUUGAAGAGUAAUUCAAGUAGAGUGUCCCAGAUAAAAAACAUUGGGCUCCCUCUUUGGAGUCUGGCUGGUGGCUCUGAGCAUUGCCAAUGGCCCCAACUUGCCCCGACUUUGUGUCCUCUUUAGAGGCCUCAAAUUCAGCACACAGCUUCAUUCCCAGUGGGCUGGAAAUAACGUGGGCUUGCGUUUUGUUUGGGAGUUAUUUGGCCAGGGCCUUUGAAUGGUAGUAUCCCAAUAAAGUACUAGAUAUUAUUUAUGUAAGAAUGAGCUUUUUUUUUUUUUUUUUUUUUAACAAUAAAAUCCUUUCAGAAAUUUCUAACUACUUUGUAACUGCAUGACUUAACCUGGUGAUAAAAAGCAGUUAUUAAAAGUCUACCUUUUCCAAA